CUAUAUGUCUGCAGCAAGCAGAGCAGACAGAAGUAGCACACGGACACACUCAGUCCUCUGCAUCCAUGCAAGUCACAACAAUGGCGCCCCCUCGCACGAGCACCGCCACCUCCCUCCUCGUCUUCGUCCUCACCGCCACGGCUGCCGCGUCUACGUUUCCAACCAGCGCGGCCGCCUCCCCGCCGCCACCAAAGGUACCGCCGCCAGCAAAGGCACCGCCGCCACCCCCGCCACCGUGCGCCGCGCCCCCGUCGGUCGCAGCGUUCCUCCUCGCGCGGUGCGCCACCACGCUGUACCGAGCGACUUGCUACGACACCCUCAUCCCCUACGGCUGCGCGUUCGGGACGAAUCCCGUCAGGCUCGCCCGCACGGCCACCGACGUCGGCGCGGCCCAGCUCCGCACCCUCUCGGCGCUCGCCAAGGACGCCGUCGCGCGUGGCCAGCCGCAACAGGGAGUUGCCUACUACGCGCUGCGCGACUGCGCGAGCACGGUCUCGUCAGCGGCGAGGCUGUCCAAGCAGUCGGCGGCCGAGCUCGCCAGGCUCGACGCGGCGGGAGGCAACGCGACCGUGACGCAGGUCAGGUGGGCGAUCUCCAACGCGCAGACGUGGCUCAGCGCGGCCAUGAGCAACGAGGUCACCUGCGCAGAAGGGCUCGCUCCAUGGGGUGGCGCCUCCCCCGCCGCUAAGGCGCUUGUUGACGGGGCGGUGGACGCCAUGCAGAGCACCAGCGUCGCCCUCACGAUGGUCAAUGGCAUGCCGCGCUGAAAUUAGCAAAACGACGAGAUCGGUGUGUCGUCAAGGCCAGUUUCGUUUAGUAGCACUACUUUUUUUUUGAGGGAUUAGUUGCAGUACUUUAUUACUAGUGCCAGGCUAUUAUUUCACGCAUAAGAUUUUUUAGACAAAUAUAAUUGUUUGUACGAGAAAAUUCGAUUUAGUUCAAUAUUAAUACUUUAGCUGAACUAAUGGGAACUGCUAA